AUGAACCGUGCCAAGGUCAUUGUGGAUGCGGCGUACGAGGGAGGCUACGCAAUCCCGGCCGUCUGCUGCUACAACCUUAAGGCUGUAGUGGCAACAAUUCGCGCGGCUGAGGCCAAGCGCUCACCAGCACUCAUACAACCCUUCCCAUGGUCAAUUGAAUAUGCAGAUGGGUUGCUUUUGCACGCAGCCGCUGAGGCUGCAGAUAAGGCAAGCGUACCAAUCGGGGUACACAUGGACCACGCGCAGGACCCUGAAAUCAUCCGGCGAGCAGCAGACCUGGGCGGAUUUGACGGUAUCAUGGUAGACAUGAGUCAUUAUGAGCGUGAUGAGAAUAUGCGCUUGAGCAAAGAGCUAGUUGAGUACUGCAAUGCUCGCGGCAUCAUCACCGAGUGCGAGCCUGGUCGAAUCAACGGCACCGAAGAUGGCAUUCAGGACACAGAGGACUUAGAGGAGAUUUUGACAACGCCAGAACAAGCCGAGGAGUUUGUCGCGCUGGGGAUUGACUGGCUUGCACCUGCUUUUGGUAACGUGCAUGGCGCAUAUGGACCAAAAGGACCUCAACUCGACUUCCCACGGCUGGAGAGCAUGGCCAAAGUGAAUAUUAACGGGCCGGUGGCUGCGGCUUAUAUGGAAAUUGGUGCUAGACUGACGGGUAAGGAACCGCUGACAACGGUGAUGGAAGAACAGACAAAGGCGAUGCAAAAGGUGAUUGAGGACCACAUGGACUGGCUCAAGUCAGCCGGCAAAGUAUAA